AUGACGGAUGCCGUGUCUGCAGAGAUGGAGAGUUUGGUGCCCUCACGAUUAGGAACGCAGGCGUAUUGGGACGACAACUAUGGCCGAGAGCUCUCGAACUUCUGUGAGGCUGGCGACGAGGGAGAGGUCUGGUUUGGGGAGGCAAGCUCGGACGAGAUCCUCGACUGGAUCGCGCGCUACUUGCCCUCGCCGAUGACCCCGACCAAGCUCAGUUUCUCCGGCUCAGACGACGGAGAAGGACCAGUGGCUAGUGCUCGAACUGACUCCCAGAUCCUCGACGUCGGAUGCGGUAACGGGCAGCUCCUCUUCCUCCUCGCCCAGGGCGGUUACUCGGUCGAGUGUCUGGCCGGGGUUGACUAUUCGGCUAGCUCGAUCGAACUCACGUCACAGAUCGCUCGCUCAAAAGGCAUCGAAGGCCUGCGACUAGAGGUAAAGGACGUCCUCAGAGAGCCUAUCGAACCGCCCCAUCGGACCGGCCUAUCGGACUCGAAAGGCUGGGACUUGAUCACCGAUAAAGGAACUUUUGAUGCUAUCUGUUUGUCCGAGGAGAAGAUAGACGGAAGGAAAUUGGAGACCAUUUAUCCAGAAAAGAUUCUCGACUUACUCGUCAAACCCGGAGGCAUCUUCCUAAUAACUUCCUGCAAUUGGACCGAAGAAGAACUCAUUCAAAAAUUUGUCUCUCCUAAUAUCGGUUUCAAGUUCCAUUCCAAAAUCCCUCGUGCUUCUUUCUCAUUCGGCGGUUCAAAGGGCUCGACAAUAACGACGAUAGCCUUCCAAGCGAUCUCCUAA